GAUUACCCCGGUCGACCCAAAGUCUUGAGGGAGAAGGAGAGGACCACAGGCGAAUGAGAAUUUAACCGUCUCGCCUUUUGGAGCACUUGACGGACAAACGCUGGUGUUAAAAGUGGGGACGGGUGCGCACGAAUGGUAACGUACAAGCUGUGAAGCAUGAAAGGGAAAGAGUAGGUGAGCAAAAGUCGAAGGUUAACGGAUCGGCGAGCGCUCAACAUGGAUGUCCGGGGGCGCGACGGUUCGGCUCUGAGCUGGAAUUAAGGCCGUUUACGGGCUAUUUCGGGGUCGACAGUUAAACUUGUCCCGCGAGGCAUUGGAUGAUUUUCAUUUGGUUUUCAAGUUCCACGUAGGCUUUGUUUUCACGAGCAAUUACGAGCAAAGAUGCAGAGGCUGUGGAGACGAGACGUGCCCCUCUCGGAGAGGCUGGGGGCAGGCUCCCCAUUGGGUGAAGUGCCAGGCUCACCGGCGACGCCGGCCCCAGGAGGGCCCAACAUCUCCUGGCUCCGCGAUGCCCCUUUGUUAAGCCAGGACCAGCCCACGUUCCUGAUGACCCCCACGGCCCAGGCCGUGACGGGAUUUUUCGUCUGGACCGCCCUCAUCCUCACCUGUCACCAGAUCUACAUGCACCUGCGUUUUUAUAGCUCCCCCCGGGAGCAGCGACACAUUGUCCGGAUCCUCUUCAUCGUCCCCAUCUACGCCAUCGAUUCUUGGCUCAGCCUCCUCUUCUUCACCAACGACCAGUACUACGUGUACUUUGACACCGUCAGGGACUGCUACGAGGCGUUUGUGAUCUACAACUUCCUGAGUUUGUGUUACGAAUACCUUGGAGGAGAGAGCGCCAUCAUGGCAGAGAUCCGAGGGAAACCCAUCGAGUCCAGCUGCAUGUUCGGCACGUGCUGCUUGAAGGGAAAGGCCUACUCCAUCGGCUUCCUGCGCUUCUGCAAGCAGGCCACGCUGCAGUUCUGCGUGGUCAAGCCGCUCAUGGCUACCAUUACCGUCAUCCUGCAGGCGUACGGAAAAUACAAAGACGGAGACUUCAACGCCGCCAGCGGUUACAUCUACGUCACCAUCAUCUGCAACAUCUCAGUCAGCCUGUCGAUGUACGCCCUCUUCCUCUUUUACUUUGCCACCCGCGACCUGCUCAGACCUUACGGGCCCAUGCUCAAGUUCGUCAUGGUCAAGUUGGUGAUCUUCCUCUCCUUCUGGCAAGGUGUGUUUCUGGCCAUCAUGGAGAAGUGCGGCGCCAUCCCCCAGAUUAACUCGGUGGAGGUGUCGGUCGGCGAGGGCACCGUCGCCGCCGGUUACCAGAACUUCAUCAUUUGCAUCGAGAUGUUUUUUGCUGCGCUGGUCCUGCGCUUCGCUUUCACGUACAAAGUCUACAUGGACAAAAGUAUGAGCGCACAAGGACCCCUUCCUACCAGUGGAGAGUUUGGCAGCUGCGCCCCGAUGAAGAGCAUCUCCAGCAGCCUGAAGGAGACGAUGAACCCGGGCGACAUGGUCCAGGACGCCAUUCACAACUUCUCGCCGGCCUACCAACAGUACACCCAGCAGUCCACACUGGAGCAGGGCGUCGCGCCGCCCGUCUCGCGCUCCAUCGGUGCCCACGGGGACACAGAGAAAACCCUCCUGCUGAGCUCGGACGAUGAAUUCUAGACACGCGCCCGAAAUGUACGUCAUCCUCGCCGACGUCGCUCCUCGUACGUGAGAAUGCUUUAGUGUUCUUUUGCUAUUUCAUGAGAGCAUGAAUGCACAUUUGGCGUGGACACGAUAAGCUCGUCUGCUUGAUUAGUAAGCGGUCUGUUAUGCCUUUGUUUCAAGAUGGGUCGUUUUUACUUUUUACUCAAAAGUUGGCUGACUUUGAUAGAAUCUUCUUUUUUUUUUUUUGUAGCACAAGUCAAAUGUGUCUUGCCUGUAUUUUAUUCUGAUGAUGUUCUGACUUGGUGCUUCUUGGACAUUUGUCAUGACAACCUGAAAAAGGACUUUAAAAUGUUUUAUUCAGUUUGCAAUAAAUUGACAUAGUACAACAAAAUUGUGG